AUAACCUAAUGCAGGUAAAUAUAGGUAAAUACAGGUAUGGCUAUUUUUGGAGAAUGGUUCAAGAACUAUCAGACUUCAGCGAUGGCAUCAUAUUUCUCGUAGUUUUGUCAGUCUUCUUCUUAGUGGUGGGAUGUUUUUACACUUAUCGUAAAAAGUAUCGGCGAAAAUGUCCAUGUUUUCCAGUCGGAGAUGCUAUAGAAAGGGAACAGACACGGCCUCCCGCUCAAGAAUCGGAAGUAACCUCUUCGAAUGGAACUGUCUAUAAUCUAGAAUCUAUCACCCUGACAGUUCCGAGUGAAUCGGAACGUUCUCUCAUACCCCCUGAUGACUACAGAAGGGAUCCUCCCCCGUACGUGGAACCGAUGGUUGACAGGUCAAUACCGCCUCCUUCUUAUUAUGACGUCAUGACUGGGGCUAUCACGGGCGUAGAUGAUUCCGGGAUAUCGGGUAGCUGCGGCAACCGCGCUGUAAUCGGGGCGAGGUGUUUCGAAUAAGGAUGACCUAUUGAAGAUGGUCCGAACAAUGCACAAAGAGAGAUGAUGGUCCGAACGUUAUACCAGCUUUUAUGCUCAUUAAUUUGGACUUGAUGCAUGAUCUGGGAUUGUGGACGUUUUGUGAGCGGCUUCAGGUGAAAUGGGCGAACAGACAACUUUCUUGAUGCUGUGAGCGUGUUUUAACGUCCAUCAAUAUUUCAUAUUGACUAUAAUUCAAUAUGAAAACGAAAAAUAUCACACUACAUUUGAGUAGCAAGCAAGCAAACUAUUUGAGCCCCCUUCAAAUGUACAUGUCGGGCUAGUUGUGUCCACUCCCGAUAGGGAAUCAGGAGGCUGAUGGAUCCACAGGAUCAUCCAAAUCUGACGCUAAAACGGGGUACUGGGGAGACAUUUUGUCCUGUUUCCCCACGUAGUGGUGUCCCUACUUCGUCCCGUCAGAAACUGAAAGCCUUCUCGCCCCUCCAUAUCAACAGUUAUAUGAUAAUGAACUCGUCCAACCAUCCUACAAAAUGGAGAACAAUUGUUUAGUUUAACGAUGAUCAAAAUCCACCGUUGUUUUGCCUGGCUUUAAGCCUUCCUCAGUCCCUAUACAUGUCAUCACUUAAACAUCUCAUCACCUGUACCUAUUAUAUAAAGACUAUCGAUACUUUAGUAUGAGUGAUAUGUAAUAUCUUUGCUUUAAUUUAUUUUGAAUGUACAUGUAUAUGUCUUCUGUGUAGUCGGUUUCAACAGCUCCCUAGAGUUAAUUUUGUAUUAUUGUUGUUGUACCGACUAUAA